AUGUUCUCAGUUCUGCUGCAUAGGCGUCUGUGGUCAGGGCUCGUGUCCAGUCUCCGGCGGCAGCUCCUCCACCGGGCUGUUGUUGUGUCGGGGCCCACCUGUCCAUGGCUGGGGGCCGCGGCCAGGAGCCUGGAAGAGCUGGGCGGCAGAUGGAGACUCGCCGGAGACAGGAGCACGGAAACACACUCCGAGCCAAGGCUGAGGAGCGAGCACACGGACCCGCCAUGUGAGCCGCGAGCUGCUGCUCUACUCCGAGCUCCUGCGGGGUCAUUACAGUCACGGCUAGCUUUCACUUUCGGAGGUCUGCAAACUGAGGAUAUUAAAAGAUUCCACCAUCCUCAGUCAGACCUGAUCCCCCAGCCCGGCACAGGAGAGGGGGGGGGGGGGGGGGGGGGGGGGGGGGGGGGGGGUGGGGGGGGGGGGGGGGGGUGA